GUACAUUUUACAAAUCGGAGACUUGAUCAAUAAUAUUGCGACCCAUUUCAAAUCAAUUCAAAAUCGACUGCGCAAAACAGAGUAUCCACAACCAAAUUAUUCACAAGAUCAUCAAAACCCACCAACACUUGAUUCUUCUGAUUCGAUCAAAUCAACUUCAAGAUCAAGAAAAUGGCAAAACCAGUAUCCGCACUAGCCAAAUACAAACUGGUGUUCUUGGGCGAUCAAUCCGUUGGCAAAACCAGCAUCAUCACUCGCUUUAUGUAUGACAAGUUCGAUACCUCUUAUCAGGCAACCAUUGGAAUCGACUUCUUGUCGAAGACAAUGUAUCUUGAAGAUCGGACAGUUCGCCUGCAGUUGUGGGAUACGGCUGGGCAAGAGAGAUUUAGGAGUCUCAUACCAAGCUAUAUUAGGGACUCUUCAGUUGCAGUAAUUAUCUAUGAUGUCGCAAGUCGACAAACUUUUCUAAACACUAUAAAGUGGAUCGAGGAAGUUCGUGCAGAGCGAGGUAGUGAUGUCAUUAUUGUUCUUGUCGGUAACAAGACUGAUCUUGUGGAAAAAAGGCAAGUUUCUGUAGAGGAAGGAGAAGCAAAAGCUACCGAGUUAAAUGUAAUGUUUAUAGAAACGAGUGCUAAAGCUGGGUUCAACAUUAAGGCUUUAUUUAGAAAAAUAGCAGCAGCGUUACCAGGAAUGGAAACGCUUUCCUCAACAAAACACGAAGAACUGGUUGAUGUGAAUUUGAAGUCUUCGAGUGUGAGUUCAUCGCAGCCUGAAUCGGGUGGCUGUGCUUGUUGAUUUAUGGAUGCUAAUCUUGAUAAUGGUUCGACGAUUUUCAAGGUCAGAAACAGAAGUAUAUCAAUCGACGCCUUCAUGUUUAUUGCUUUGGUAUCAUCAUUUUCCACAAAUUUAUUAUUUAUGUAACCAUUUCUCUUUCUUUUUUUUUAACCUUCCAAUCAUUCGGUUUGUUCUUGAGUUGCGAUUUGUCGUGUGUAAAAAAGAUUUAUGUAGAUUAUCAAGAUGGAGUUUUGUUUUAUAUUGAUGAAAGAUAUAUAUCUAAGACACAUGUGGUUUGAACUUUA